AUGGCCAAAACCGUGGCCUAUUUCUACGACCCGGACGUGGGCAACUUCCACUACGGGGCUGGGCACCCUAUGAAGCCUCACCGCUUGGCACUGACCCACAGUCUGGUCCUGCACUACGGCCUCUACAAGAAGAUGAUCGUCUUCAAGCCAUACCAGGCCUCCCAGCAUGACAUGUGCCGCUUCCACUCUGAGGACUACAUUGACUUCCUGCAGAGAGUGAGCCCCACCAACAUGCAAGGCUUCACCAAGAGCCUUAACGCCUUCAACGUGGGCGAUGACUGCCCAGUGUUUCCCGGACUCUUUGAGUUCUGUUCCCGUUACACAGGCGCAUCUCUGCAAGGAGCAACCCAGCUGAACAACAAGAUCUGUGACAUUGCCAUUAACUGGGCUGGAGGUUUGCACCAUGCCAAGAAGUUUGAGGCUUCUGGCUUCUGCUAUGUCAAUGACAUUGUGAUUGGCAUCCUGGAGCUGCUCAAGUACCACCCUCGGGUGCUCUACAUUGAUAUUGACAUCCACCAUGGUGACGGGGUCCAGGAAGCCUUCUACCUCACUGACCGGGUCAUGACAGUGUCCUUCCACAAAUAUGGAAACUACUUCUUCCCCGGCACAGGUGACAUGUAUGAAGUUGGAGCAGAGAGUGGCCGCUACUACUGUCUCAAUGUACCCCUGCGGGAUGGCAUUGAUGACCAGAGUUACAAGCACCUUUUCCAGCCGGUUAUCAACCAGGUUGUGGACUUCUACCAACCCACAUGCAUUGUUCUUCAGUGUGGAGCUGACUCCCUGGGCUGUGACCGAUUGGGCUGCUUCAACCUCAGCAUUCGAGGACAUGGGGAAUGCGUCGAAUAUGUCAAGAGCUUCAAUAUUCCUCUCCUGGUGCUAGGUGGUGGUGGUUAUACUGUCCGAAAUGUUGCCCGGUGCUGGACGUAUGAGACAUCGCUGCUGGUAGAAGAGGCCAUUAGUGAGGAGCUCCCCUAUAGUGAAUAUUUUGAGUACUUUGCCCCAGAUUUCACGCUCCAUCCAGAUGUCAGCACCCGCAUCGAGAAUCAGAACUCGCGCCAGUAUCUGGACCAGAUCCGCCAGACAAUCUUUGAAAACCUGAAGAUGCUGAACCAUGCACCUAGUGUCCAGAUUCACGAUGUGCCCGCAGACCUCCUGACCUAUGACAGGACUGAUGAGGCUGAUGCAGAGGAGAGGGGUCCUGAGGAGAACUAUAGCAGGCCAGAGGCACCCAAUGAGUUCUAUGACGGAGACCAUGACAACGACAAGGAAAGCGAUGUGGAGAUAUAA